UAGCGGGCUUUCAUCCUUACUGGUCGCGAUCUCUCCGGCUCCCGGUCCAGGGAGGAGCUUCUGCGGACUUAAAAGGCACCGUCUUGCCACAACUUAGCUGCGCAGUUUCCCCGAAGUAAGUUUGCCAGUUUUCUGUUUUAUACUGAGGUUCGCCGGGUCAUGGUGCCAGCCUGACUGAGAAGAGGACGCUCCCGGGAAACGAAUGAGGAACCACCUCCUCCUGCUGUUCAAGUACAGGGGCCUGGUGCGCAAAGGGAAGAAAAGCAAAAGACGAAAAUGGCUAAAUUUAAGAUCCGUCCAGCCACUGCCUCUGACUGCAGUGACAUCCUGCGACUGAUCAAGGAACUGGCUAAAUAUGAAUACAUGGAAGAUCAAGUCAUUUUAACUGAGAAAGAUCUCCUAGAGGAUGGUUUUGGAGAACACCCCUUCUACCACUGCCUGGUUGCAGAAGUGCCUAAAGAGCACUGGACCCCUGAAGGACACAGCAUUGUUGGGUUCGCCAUGUACUAUUUUACCUAUGACCCAUGGAUUGGCAAGUUACUGUAUCUUGAAGACUUCUUCGUGAUGAGUGAUUACAGAGGCUUUGGUAUAGGAUCAGAAAUUUUGAAGAAUCUAAGCCAGGUUGCCAUGAAGUGUCGCUGCAGCAGUAUGCACUUCUUGGUAGCAGAAUGGAAUGAACCAUCUAUCAACUUCUACAAAAGAAGAGGUGCUUCGGAUCUGUCCAGUGAAGAGGGAUGGAGGCUCUUCAAGAUUGACAAAGAGUACUUGCUAAAAAUGGCAGCAGAGGAGUGAGGCGUGCCAGUGUAGACAAUGACAACCUCCAUUGUGCUUUAGAAUAAUUCUCAACUUCCCUUGCUUUCUAUCUUGUGUGUAGUGAAAUAAUAGAGCGAGCACCCAUUCCAAAGCUUUAUUACCAGUGACGUUGUUGCAUGUUUGAAAUUCGGUCCGUUUAAAGUGGCAGUCAUGUAUGUGGUUUGGAGGCAGAAUUCUUGAACAUCUUUUGAUGAAGAACAAGGUGGUAUGAUCUUACUAUAUAAGAAAAACAAAACUUCAUUCUUGUGAGUCAUUUAAAUGUGUACAAUGUACACACUGGUACUUAGAGUUUCUGUUUUGAUUCUUUUUUUUUUUUUAAUAAACUACUCUUUGAUUUAAAUAUUCA